CGCAUGACCCAAAACAUUCCAUCGAAAAUAGUCAUCAUCCAGCCGCGAGCACGUGGCCACAUCCGAGCACAGUUCCAACCCCAAAGACCCGCAACACCAAUCCGAGUUCUUUACUGCCUCGACCAAUUAUGCGUGUUCGUUCUCUGGUCACCCCUCUGCUAUUUUCAACUCUCUUCUCAAUUGCCUCCGCCCAAACCCCAUCAUAUUUUAUGAUUACCUCUCCAGCACUUAAUGACACAUGGACCGCCAAGGGUCUCAACGUCGUCAAAUGGGUAGUCGGUGUUGACCAAGGCAUUAACGCAUUCGAUAUCGAGCUGUUGCGUUUGAGCACAGACGGAAUACUCCCAAUAGCAAGACAAGUCCCAACUACUUGGUCUGCGUUGAACAUUGAUCUUGAGGGUGUACCUACAGGGGAUGAUUAUUUCGCAGUGUUCCUGAAUUAUGACAGCAGUACUGUGUACUCUGUGUCACCUCGGUUUCAGAUCAAGGACAAUGCUGGUUCAACAAGCAAUGCUGCGGCUGGGCCCACUGUCACAGUGAGCGGGAGCCCUGGUCCAACCAAGGCAUUUGCACAGACGUUUGCACCAUCAAUGGCACGAAUGACCCGACAACCUCUUCCGUGGCUUGGCGUCACCCUUUCUCUACUGAUUGCGUUUUUGUUUGGUUUUGAGGUAGUUCACUAGUGCCAGGUUGAUAGCUAAUCUACGACUAUACAUACUCUUUUGUAUGCGUUUGCAAUCUUCCGACUCAGAAUCUGUAUCUCCGACACCCACAGGCGACAGUGUACGCUCAGGCAAGUUUGCUGAAUAGUUUUGGUGCG